AUGGACGACGAGCCCGACGGCAAUGGACGCAGUUUCCGCGCACAGGUAAUUCUACAGAUGCUCUUUGCAGUAACGCAAAAUCAGCAGCGCCGCGAGGAAGAGGAGCUGCGCACAAUGGGAGCAGACAUUAUCGAGAGAUCUGACAAUGAGAGAGGUAAGUCGGUAGCUCAUAGGAAGGGAGUCAUGUGGCCACCAGAGCAUAACGCACUGUUCACAGUGGAUCAGAUCACGCCGAAUGACCACAGCGGACAAGACAAGGACAUCAAAAUGGCACCCCCAAAUCGAUCUAUCGGUCCUUGCGACGCUGUAAUCCAACUCAAACAGAAGCUCGUAUCGAAUUUGGAGAGCACGGAUAUAUUUUCAUGGGUGUCUAGCGAUCGCAACGAUGCUUUGACGGACUUGAGAGUGCACAGCAAAUGUCAUAGAGAGAUCUGGCGCACAUUGGAAGUGCUGGAGGAGCAAAGAGACCAAGACAGCGGCCUUGGCAAGUCGAUGUCAGCUAUCGCGAAGAGCAGACAAGAAAUAUUCACAGCGCUCACGCGCGAGAACUUCUACUGUUCACCAGCCCUCUCACUCAACCACCGCCUCGCCGCGGCGAAGCUUUUGGGCUUCCUUUGCGCCUCUCCUCCUUCACUCAGCAUCUUGGAGAAGGUCUCCGUCUAUCGUGAUGUUCUUCACACACGACAUUACGUUCGCGAGGGAGAAGACCUUGCUGACCUCCUUCGUGCCCUCGAGGCCCUGUGUCAGUGUUCGGACCUUUGGUAUCUCACGUUGGCAUUGGAGGAGCGUGCAUCUUUGAUGCGACAGGCGCUCGUACUUUCCCAUGCCGACAAACACCUUAUCACCUCCCUUGCGAAUGUUCUAUUGAUGAUGUAUGGCCGCAGCUCGCAGAGGAAAUGAGGCAGCGCGAGGCAGGGUUGGACUGUGCGGUGCUGAGCACGAUGGAGACCCAUCUGAAUGAGACCGGCUCCUCCUUGCCCGACAUCGACACGUGGCUAAAGCUACAUUGCAGGAUCACCACUCUUGCCCCAACCACGCACGUGGACUGCCCUGAACGACUGAUGACGCUCGAGACCGCGAUGAGGGAGCGGGGUUCAUCUGCGAGGGACCGUAUCGAGGCGCUCAAGGAGGCUGAGAGGCUGACGAGCUUAGGUUUCGGAGUGAGUAGCCGAUUGAAGGUCCUGAACGAGCUUGUACGCCAAUGUAGAACGAUCGGGACGGAGGAUGCCUCACAAGAAGCGUCACGGCUCACUGAAGCCGCAUGGGGCCUCAUCAGGGGCUCCUGGCAUACUAUGCGGAAGCUUACCGAGCUCACGCGUAAAAAACAACCACACCCAUUUGACCACCCUCAUGAUAAGUCCCACACCUCUAGUCUCUACUCCGCAUCCCUCGCCUUCGAUGCUACCGCCCAGCCGAUGCGAUACGCCCUCCCACAGCUUCUCUGGGUAAACCCUUCCCGUGCCGAGCAUCGUAUGCUCAGUAACCCCGCCCAUAAGAUGGAAGACUACGCGCACGCAUUCAGACGCGGGGCGCUCGCGCUUGGAGACAUCGCUACAAUGGAGCAUGGAAGCCAAGAGAGGGCGCACGCGUGCGUUGCACAUGCAUUAGCGCUAGUCGCGACGAAUAGAGUGGAUGUACUGG